CCUCUCUCUCUCUCUUCGCGCUCUUUCUCUGCCGGCGUUCGGCCGGAACGAACCCGACGAAGCACGUCGCCGCUGCUCUGCGCACCGAUUCGCUCCUUCGGAAUUUCUCCCCGCCCUCUCCUCGGGUUUCUAAUGGACAACUACCGCCAAGAUAAAGUUCAUAAAUUUGAGGAGUUUGUUGAUCGACGUCUGAAACCAGAUCUUGUUCGUGCCAUAUCCGAGCGGGAUAAGGUUUUCGAAGAACAGAAGACUUUCUUAGAUUUACGAAAAAACAUUGAGAACCUUCAGAACAAUAGUGUAACUAGUCUUAAGACAAUGGUCAACCUUGGUUCUGAGGUAUACAUGCAGGCGGAGGUGCCAGAUACACAAUGCAUUUUUGUAGAUGUUGGACUAGGAUUUCAUGUGGAGUUUACGUGGUCCGAAGCUCUGAAUUACAUAUCACUAAGGGAAGAGAAGUUAGCCAGGCAAAUAGAAGAGUACACUCAUCAGAUUGCAUCAAUUAAGGCACAGAUAAAGAUGGUAUGUGAGGGAAUCAGGGAGUUGCUUCAACUUCCUGCCGAGACGACCCUACAGGAGCCCAUAUUCUGAUGCAAAAUUAGAAUUGUCUAGGAUGAUCAUUUGAUUCGGGCAAGAUUGAGAAUGACAUUCCCAUAGACUCACCGGGUGGGACUUUCGCUUGGGCCAGAAAGGUUCUGGGCUUCAUGCGGAAGCUGGGCCUUGGGAUGUUUCUGCGAGCGAAUCCUAUAAAGCCAGGACGGGACACUGGGACAGUACAACACCCCACACAGUGCACGAUGCGUAUUCUUUUAGGAUGCUCUGUACAGACAAAAUACUGGUGAAAACAGUGGAAAUCCAUGUAAAUGCAGAAUGGCUGAAAUGAGAAAAACAAAAGGGGUUGAAUGGGGAUUGACGAGACA